UUUGAUAUCGUUCAAUAUCGAUAAUAAUUUCCAUAUCGUGGGAUAAAAAUUAAAAAAAAUCACGUACGCUCGCAGACAUACUUUUUAUUGCUAAUACUGCUAAAAAUACCUUACCAGAAACUAUAUCCUGUUUUCAAAAAGUGCGCGCAUCAACUAAUUGAGACAGAACCGUCUUUUUUUAAAGAGAUACACACCUAAAAACAAACACAAAAAAACAUAAUAAAAAGGAAAAUCUGCUUAAAUAAUUUGAUAUACAGUAUAUGUAUCUUUUUUUCUAUUCUAUUCAGAACAUGCUUGCAAGGUACCAAAUGCUAUUUGCAUGCUGCAUUAAGCACUAUUGGGAUUAUUGUGAAAUAUGCGCAGGCGUCAGUGUGGUUCAUUGCAUUUUUUCCAUGCGAUUACUUACACUGUUAUUAAUGUAUUUUUAAAAUGUGAACUUUCGGUAUUAUAAAUGAGAUGUACUUUUAAAACAUCAAAACACAUCUCAAAAUAAUGCAACAUUCAGCAUGACACCGUACUUAAUACUUUUAGAUGUGUCGUGCAUUUAUACGCAGAGAAGAUUAAAUUACUUCCGGAUUGGCUAUCCUGCGCGGUGAAGUAUAGAAAUAUUUCAGUUUUGAGGUGGCUGAUGAUGGCAUGGAAUAGUAAAACAAUAUAACAAGACUUUGUUUUUCUCCUUGGAUAUUGUGAAGCAAAGCACCACUAAGUUAAACGCCACCACCAACCACAAGGUGAAGGAAAAUGUGGCUUUGGAGCUGAGCUUCGUCAACUCUAACCUCCAGCUGCUGAAAGAGGAGCUAGAGGAGCUCAACAGCUCCAUGGAGGUCUACCAGAAUGACAGCGAAUCGAUCAACGUGCCCAUGAUCCCUCUGGGGCUGAAAGAGACGAAGGAAGUGGAUUUGAGUGUUUCACUGAAGGACUUUAUAUGUGAGCACUACGGAGAAGACAGUUCUCUAUACGAGAAGGAGAUUGUGGAGCUGAUGGAACUCCGGCAGGCGAUGCGUACUCCAAGCCGCAAUGAGGCUGGUCUGGAGCUGCUGAUGGAAUAUUACAACCAGCUCUACUUCCUUGAUAACAGAUUCUUCCCUCCCAACAAGAACCUGGGCGUUUACUUCCACUGGUAUGACUCUCUGACUGGCGUUCCCUCGUGCCAGCGCGCCUUGGCGUUUGAGAAGGGCAGUGUGCUGUUCAAUAUAGGGGCGCUCUACACCCAGAUAGGGGCGCGGCAGGACCGCUCCACCACGCCGGGCAUUGAGAACGCCAUUGAUGCAUUCCAGAAGGCUGCAGGUGCCUUCAACUACCUGAAGGAGAACUUCUCGAACGCGCCCAGCCUGGACAUGAGUGUGCCCUCCCUGAACAUGCUGGUGCGGCUGAUGAUCGCCCAGGUGCAGGAGUGCAUCUUUGAGAAGGUGCUGCUGCAGCUACAGGGGGUCUGCCACUUUUCUGCUCACCUCCAGGUGGCGCAGGAAGCUGCCAGGGUGGCCGAUGUGUAUUCUCUGGUGUACCAGACCAUGACUCAGCCGCCAGUGAAGGACUAUGUUCCCUUCUCCUGGACAACCAUGGUUCAGGUCAAAUCAGAGCAUUUCAAAGCCCUCUCGCACUACUACGCUGCUGUGGCUUUCUGUGACCAUGACAUGCUGCUUGUGGAUGAUGAAGAGGAGAGUGAGAAGUUGCUGAUCCAGUUUCAUGUCAGUGUUCUGGAGGGGCCUGCACUCAGCACAGUGCUGCGAGACCCAGAGGAGAGACGCAAACUUGGGAAGGCUCACUUAAAGAAAGCUGUCAUGAUGCACGAGGAGGCCAUGCGGAUCCACAGCCUGUGUAAGAUCCUGCGCAAGAUGGACAUCCUGCAGGAGGUGCUGUCCUUCGCUCACAAGCGCUCGCUGGGCUGCUACUCCCAGAUCGACCACGAAGACGACUUCUUCGAGACCGCCGAGGCGCCCCCUAUUCGCCCUAAAACACAACAGAAGCCAGAACUCAAGACUACAAACUUCUCCAAAGUGAGGGUUACAGACAUUUUCCACAGAUUGGGUCCUCUCUCUGUGUUCUCAGCGAAGAGCAACUGGAGCCCCCAGCGCAGGGUGCACCUGGUGAGAGGGGAGGGGGGGUUCGGAUUCACCCUGAGAGGAGACUCCCCCGUCCUGAUCGCAGGGGUCAUUCCAGAGGGCCGAGCAGCGGAGGCGGGCCUGCGCAAGGGGGAUUACAUCACUUCUGUGAACGGACAGGACUGUAAGUGGUGGAAGCACGCAGAGGUGGUGCAGCUCCUGAAGAGUGUCGCUGAGGAGGGGGUGGACAUCGGUGUGAUCACCAUCCUCCUGCCAGAGCUGCAGAGCCAGACGGACAGGAGGUCAGUGGUGCUAUCUUCGAGUGGAUUGAUGAGCAGCGACAAGGAGAAUGUGCGUAGGCUGGGCCAGAGCAACACCAGCCGCAGCACUGGCUCCCUGCUGACCUGGAACAAGAAGAACAUCACUGCUGGGGGCAAGGGGAGCAGCAGCACAUUCAGCCUGCCUUUCAAAGACACUGAGGCCAUGUACUAAGGGUGGCCAUGCGAGCCGUAUAGAGAAUGGACAGGGUUAGAAAGUCACACUACCCCUGCUGCACCCGGUACUGGAUUUCCAAGAUGUUAGGUAUGUUCUUGAAAUGACUAGCAAUCAGACCCCCCUGCUGAACAUAAACUGACCACAAUUCUUAUCACAGCUAUUGGGGUGGAGUGGGGAGGGGGAGCUAAUUAUUUAUAUAAUUGCUUGGAUGUGAUUGCACAAACUCCUGCUUCCUGAUCAUUUAAAUUGAGUUGAGUUCUGAAACCCAAGACUGGGUGCAGCAGGGCUGGUGUGAAUUUCUAACCCUGAGAACUGAUCUGCUGUGCUGAUAUGCAAUAGCCUGCUGUGGUCAAUGCAGUGACCAGCUCUACAAUACAGACAGUGCUGCAGCAACAUGCAGGCACUCACUGUGGACUGUGACGUUGUUCAGUAAAGAUCAUAUUGUACAUUGGAUUGUAGUGACCAAAUCUGCAUUUGAUUGCUGAUUGCUGUGUACUGGACCUCUGUUUGAUUUCAGUGUAGACUCCUGUGUGUACUAUAGUGACCAGACUUAAGUCUUCUCGACCGCCAUAGAGUGUUGGUCAUUUGAAACAGCAACCUACUCAGACUUUUUCUGGUUUGGAGCAACUUAAAGUUUGACUAACUUAUUCUCAUAAUUUAUAAACAUUCCUGAUACGAGGAAGGUAAGAAUCAAAGUACCUUUAAUUAGGUGAUAAGGGCUGCAUCAGUUUAUAAUUGGAAGUGUACUGUGACUCGAGACGCACUCUGACAUAGAUCUGCAGGAUAUAUAGUGACUUUGGCCUAUUCUGACAGACUGGUGAAGAAAACAGGUUAUGCCAUGGAAAGAGAUCAGCGUUGAACAAAUAAUAUGAUCAGGAAUCAUAAACUCGAACUGUGACAGUAAGCAAAAAACCAUAGCAAUGACUGACUACCUUCACAUGUAGCUCAAGAAGCUUUUUGAUGGUAAAAACACAGCAAUCUGCACAGUGUUACUACUGAAAGUUUCUAAAGAUGACAUUUCAGAGGAUGUGUGGGGGAUCCUAUUGUGUUUGUAGUAAGAAAACAAACCUUUAACUGGAAGCUGGGGUCUUCUGUCCUGGAAUACAAAAGAAGUGACCACUGUCUGCCUGCUGGGCAGAUCUGUCUGUAUGUUUUACAGACUGUAUGAUCAAACUCAGGCAAAGUUGUGAUGUCCCAUUGAUGCAACUCUUUCUGGAGGACAAUGGAUAAGAGAAUAUGCAGGACCCAGUGGACUGCAGUAUAGUAUUUUCAGGAGGAUUCAGCACUACAGUACCACACAAUGGGCCGUUUUGCCGAGUUGUUGUGUGUUACCAAAAAUAUUUCAAAUGCAGGCUUGUGCACCAUAAAAAAACUAAACAAAAAUAUAAAAAAAGAAUUUUCAGGAUUCUGAAUCGUUUCAUACAAAUUAUAACAUUAACCAUUUUAAUUUUUAAUCCCACUUUAAAUAAAGUAAAGCAAACUGCACUGUGGAAAAACCUUGGUACAUUUUUAAAUAUUUUCUAAAGCAAAUCGAGUCUGUGGCAAAUGUGUUGCCAUCUGUUUUUUACAACAAAAGGUGAUACAUUGCCAGAAUCUUUUUGAUGCGAGUACCUGGCAUGUGCUUCAAACCCUUUUAGUUUCUGAAGAGACCAUACCAGAGGUAGUGGAUGCUGCUACCCCCCAACCCCAAGACUGUUAGGAGGGACAGAACCUCAUUGUGAUUCCAGGCUGAUUUUUUUUUUGUUUUUUUUUUCCCCUUAUGCAGCCAUUGCAUUACCACUGGACAACAUUGUUCGCUCACAAUGUGUUUCAUGAUUGACAUACACGAUGACUUUGUUCCAAUUGGCCUGAAUGCAGCUGUUGAUUGGGGGCCACGGUACAUCAAACGUUGUGACGCAGUAACAUGCAAACUGAUCCAACUCGAGUUUCCCCCAGUUCAGCUGGAAACAGGUGGCACAUGGAAAUGGUACAUGGUACCAGUGAUUUUACAGUUUGGUUUAGCAAGCUGGAUACAGUGUUGUGCUGUGGUGAUUUUAGUUCUGCUUAUUAAUUUGUCUUGUUAUACAGGCUUCACAGAUUUGCUCAUCAGCCCAGGAUAUUUACGUAAACUGAGCACUGAUUUUUAUUGUAAUAGUUUUUAUUAUUAAUAAUACUAAGUCUAAAGUUUCCAUAUGGUACAUAGGAAUGUAAUUGAGGAACAAUGAGUGGAACAUUCCACAAUGACUCACCUUUUCAGAAGGACUAAUAUUGCACUAUUUCCAGACUUUAAAAAGAUCACUCCCUUUUUGUAUAAGGUACAGUGCCUUGCGAAAGUAUUCGGCCCCCUUGAACUUUGCGACCUUUUGCCACAUUUCAGGCUUCAAACAUAAAGAUAUGAAACUAAUU